GAAUCUACUCGCAGGAGUAUAAAACCAGAACGCGGCGCUGACACGGCACACUCCGGCGUCGCAUUCGCUGCACAACAAGCAAAGCGAACAUGAAGCUUUUGAGGUCGUCUUUAAUCCUGGCCGUGGCUAUAAGCCUGGUCACGGCAGAGGAGAAGGCGGAGGACAAGAAGGCUGAAGACACCAAAUCGGUGGACGAGAAGAAGCAAGACAAAAGAGGACUGUCCGAUUUCGGGUACGGCGACUUCGGCGGUCACGACUUCGGAGGACACGACUUUGGCGGACACGACUUCGGCGGCCACGACUUCGGCGGCCACGAGCACCACGAAGAACACGUGAAGACCAUCACUGUUGUCAAGAAAGUGCCCGUGCCCUACCCCGUGGAGAAGCACAUCCCCGUGCCCGUCGAGAAACAUGUGCCCGUGCCAGUGAAAGUGCCCGUCCCGCACCCGUACCCAGUCGUGAAAACCGUACACUUCCCGGUCAAGGAGGUCGUCAAAGUACCUGAGUACAUCCCCAAGCCCUACCCCGUGACCAAGCACGUCCCCUACCCCGUCAAAGUGGAAGUUGACAGGCCUGUUCCAGUCAAGGUUUACGAGAAAGUGCCCUACCCAGUGGAGAAACACAUCCCCUACCCAGUGAAGGUGCACGUCCCGCACCCCUACCCGGUGGAGAAGACCGUGCACUACCCCGUGAAGGUGCCCGUGAAAGUGCCCGCCCCCUACCCAGUGGAGAAGAUCGUACACUACCCCGUCAAGGUCCACGUUGACAACCCCGUCCCAGUUCACGUAGAGAAACCCGUGCCCGUCCCAGUGGAGAAGCCAGUGCCUUACCCAGUCGAGAAGAAAGUACCUUACCCAGUUAAGGUGCACGUUGACAACCCCGUGCCUGUUCACGUAGAGAAACCAGUGCCUUACCCCGUCAAAGUGCCAGUGCCCGCACCCUACCCUGUGGAGAAGGUGAUCCCUUACCCUGUGGAGAAGAAGGUGCCUUACCCCGUGCACGUGCCCGUCGACAGGCCCGUGCCAGUCCACCUUGAGAAGCACGUUCCCUACCCGGUGGAGAAGCAUGUGCCUUACCCAGUGAAGGUCCCAGUUCCCCAUGUUGUUCACCACGAGGAACACCAUGACUUCCAUGGCCACGAGCACAUCAGCCACGACCACCACGAGGGUCUGGAGAGCCACGGAGGCUUCGAAGGUCACGAGGAACACCACCAUUAAAAGAACUGAUCUCUACCCCUAUUUAGCUUUAAAUGUUAUAAUUUUUUUAUUUGUUUUAUAAGUAUUGUUUUAUUUUUACGACUGGUCUGUACGUGUACAUGUAAAUAGUUAACGAAAGUAUUAAAAGAGUGAUGAAUCGUA